CUCUGUAUUUAUUUCCUUCUUGAAGUAAGAACAAUCUUACGGACAAAGAUUAGGCUUCAUUCGGUUUUAUAAGUGAUACUUUGGAAUUGCUCACACCAUCUAGUGUACACGCUCCUGUGGUUACAGACAUCAUGAGCACAUGAUGGUAAGGUUCAAGGUGUUCACAUGCACUCAUGACGGAGUUGCACGAAGCAGCCGCUAAAGGAGACAGCGAUAAACUUCAGUCUUUGCUCAUUGCUGGGGAUAUUGACCCUGAUAGCGAAGACUGGGACUACGGGAGAAGAACACCGUUGCAUGUAGCUGCCACAGCAGGCAAAGUAAAGUGUGUCAAGAAACUUUUAGAACACGGCGCCGAUGGUGAAAUGCGCAUGGCAGGUGGAUGGACUCCUGCCCACUGUGCCGCUGAACGAGGUAAUGUGAAAGUACUUCAGGCACUUAUCAACGCAAAUGUUAGUGUCACCGAAGAGGACAAUUCUGGUGACACGCCCAAGAGAAUAGCCGAGAUAUAUGGGCAAUCCAAAUGCUUGGAAUUAUUCGCCGGCCACAGCAAUAAGGACCAUUCUACUACUUGAGAAGGAAUAUGCUACAACAGAUCUACUUUUGAGACUAAAUUUAUAUCAACCAUUUUGAUGGUUAGAAACUUUCACUUCACUGAUUACAAAUAUCAUCAUUCGUAGUCAUACUCAAGAACAACAUUUACGGUCUCUAAUGAUAACACAAUGCUAAUUUAGGGAUUGAAAUGACAAAAUUUCAAUAAACAAUUCCCUGAUAACAUUGUUUUUGUCCUGUCAAACCUGACUGCCAUACCGUGUCUGGAUAUUUUGUAGAGAUGGUUAGUUGAAAUAUUGUCACUUCCUAUACUGGAGAAAAACUAGCUACCAUACAAUGACUAAAAGUUCAAUUACGAUUUCUGAUAAAAAUAGCUUGCAAGAAUAAAAUCAAAUUUGUGGUAAUAUAGCUUCAUUCAGUUAUGGUUGAUUAAAAAUGAUAGAGUACAGAA